CGUGCUGGAGCCCCACAAAAAAAAAGCACACGAAACGCCACCGCGCACCACCAAACGCACCAUCGCCGAUUCCCCCAAUCGAAAAUCCAAAUACACAAAUCCAUAGAGAAGAGAAGAAGAGAGGACUCCGAUUUGCUCCCCCCGCCCCCCAAACCCUCGCGCUCGCCGCCGUCAUGGAGGACGAAGACCACGACCACGACCACGACCACGACACCGACUCGUCCCCGCGCCCGUGCUGCUCCUCGCCGUCCGCGGCGGUCCGGUGGCGGCGCUCCGUGAAGCGGAGGCUGGACGGGGAGAAGAGGGGCGGGGAAGGUGAGGGGGAGGGGGCUGCGGCGCGGGUGGAGGCGGAGGAGGAGACCGCGGCGCUGCGGGAGGCGCUGGCGGCGGCGCAGGACACCGCGGCGGCGCUGCGGGUCGAGGUGGAGGAGGAGCGCCUCGCCGCGGCCAGCGCCGCCAGCGAGGCCAUGGCCAUGAUGCUGCGCCUGCAGCGGGAGAAGGCCGAGGUGCAGAUGGAGCUGCGCCAGUUCCGCCGCUUCGCCGACGAGAAGAUGGCCCUCGACGCCGCCGAGAUCGACCACCUCCGCGCCCUCGUCGCCCGCCGCGCGCGCCACCUCGCGCGCGCCCGCUCCAGGCUCCACGCCUACCAGCAGACCUGCCUCCGCCUCGGCAUCCCGCUCCCCGACGCCGACGACUCCGAGGGGCAGGGCCACGAGGACGGUUUCCUCGAGGGCGACUACGAGGACGCCGACUACUACCCGGAGCUCCGCUGCUACAACGGGGAGUACUACUACGACGACGGCCAGGAGGGGAGCGAGGAGGACGCUGUGGGCGUGGAUCUGGAGCGCCGGAUCUGCCUCCUCGAGCACGACCAGGAUGGGGAUGGAGUAGGUCAACUGUCCCUGGAGGAAGACGAGGGCGCCCACCUGUAUGCAGAUGAGGCAUUGCUGGAGCCGGCUGGGCAGGAAACAAGCGGAUUCUCUGCGGACGAGGUGUUACAUGAAGAGACCGUGGAACAAAGGAGCCACCCCUGUGAUGAUGAUGAGUUGCCAGAGUCUCCCAUUGCUGAAUAUGGCGUACAAGAAGGGGGGAGCGACGACGAUGGUUCUGGCAGCGGCAGUGGCAGCGACAGGGUGUACAUGAUCGACAAGGUGCAUCAAGGCGCGUCGGCUCCUACAGCCAGGGUCCUGGAGAAAUACGAAGAUGAGGCGCUUGAGCCAGACAUCAAGACACUAUACAUGAGACUGGAGGCGCUGGAGGCUGACCGGGAAUCGAUGCGUCAGGCUCUGAUGGGAAUGCGCACUGAGAAGGCUCAGCUUAUGCUUCUUCGGGAGAUAGCGCAACAGCUAGCCAAAGACGCUGCUCCGGUUGGCACUGGGGUUGGGUUUGUUCCAGCUGUGCACCAUUUGCCCAGAAAGCAAGCCGUGGGGGUUGCAGAUACAAGGGUCGGGGAAGACAAGAAGACAGCACCCGGCGGGACAUUCUCGAAGCCCGUGUUGUUUAAGUGGGCCAUUGCAUUAUUUUGCUCUCGAAAAAAGAAGCCAUCACAAAGCAGGUAUACAUUUGGAUUAUCAAGUAACAAUGUGGGUUUGCUCAUACUCCUGGACAAGUGCCCUCGGAUUCAGAAGACUCUCAUGAGAAGAAAGUAAAGCCUGUCUGAAGAAGCUGCUGCUGCUGCCUAAUGUAAAUAACAUAGCCGUUGGUUGGGAAGUCUGCAUCAAAUCGCGUUUUAUUAUUCGAAGGUUGGGCGGAGAUGGUGUUGUUUUAAUUCUUUUAGUUGUUGAUUCCUCUUUGGCCCCAAGGGCGGGAUGGGGAUCCUUGUGCCAUGAUCCAGAAAUUGUCAAUGUGGGUUUUUUGGGGGGUCACUUUUGCUUAUAUUUCUCGCCAGCAAAGGCUAUAUGCUUGUAUAGUGCGCGUGUGGACGUGCGGUGCUUGCUGGUUGUUUUUGCUUGCGUCCAGAUUGAUGAAUGAUGAGCUGAUGUCAAGGAAAUUAGCUGCACAUUUGUGCAAACUGUA